UGUAACAAAGAGUGUUAAGCAACCUGUUGUAACUCAUAAACAGUCAUCAAAACAUAAUUCCAUAUCAACAGUUUAUGAUUCUCAAAUUGGUUCUCAAGAAGAGAUAGUAGAAAGAGCUAAGCAAGAGGCCUAUGUGAUGCAAAGAGUGGGAGACCUGCGCAAAGAAGGAUUAUGGUCUCUUAAAAGAUUGCCUAAAGUUGCAGAAAGUCCACGUAUUAAAGCACAUUGGGAUUAUCUUUUAGAAGAGAUGGUUUGGUUAGCCACAGAUUUUGCACAAGAAAGAAAGUGGAAAAAAGCUGCUGCAAAAAAGUGUGCGCGUAUGAUCACGAAAUACUUCCAAGAAAAAGAAAUUAAAGCUGAAAAGGCAGAGAAGGAAGAACAAUUAAAGAUGAGAAAAAUAGCAAGCAUAAUGGCUAGAGAAAUCAAACAGUUUUGGAGUAACAUUGAAAAGCUAGUCGAAUAUAAGCAACAAACAUGGUUAGAAGAAAAGAGGAAAAAAGAGUUAGAUGUUCAUCUGAAUUUUAUUGUUGACCAGACUGAAAAGUAUUCAUCUUGGCUAACUCAAGGCAUGAAUCGCACUUUUAAUGAGAGCCCCUCUUCAAGCAGAGCUACAUCACCAACUUUAGAUUCUCCUUCAUCAAUCUCUUUGAAAAGGGAGCACAAGCUUGAUGAUUUUGAGCCAGAAAGCAGUGGCAGCGAUGAUGAGGAGACUAUACAGAAAGAAGAAGAAGACAUUGAUGAAGAAGAGCAAAAUAAAGAAAUUGCUUUAUUACAGCAAGAAAGUGAAAUGUCUUUAGAAGAGUUUUUAGAUACCUUACCUCAUGAAGUUUUGAAAAGUCAUGCUCAGUUAAACGAUAGUGAGCAUAAGUGUUCUGAUUCUAAGGAAGAUAAUCAGAGAAAGUUUGCUGAAGAAAAAACAAAUGCAAAAACAAGUGCGUUAGAUGAUGAUAUAGAUUUUGAAAUUUCCGAAGAUGAAGAAGAUGAUGAACAAACAAUAUUAGAGCAAGAAAGAGUUGAAAAACAUGUGGACCAUGAGGAAGAAAUUAAAGAGUUAGAAGCUGAAAAUGAAAUGUCUAUUGAAGAAUUGCGUGAAAAGUAUGCUGGUGCCUAUUCAGAUGAUUUCAAAGUUGAAGGAUCUGAACAAAAUGAAGAUUCUUCAAUCAUGUCUGAAAAUGAAUCUGAUUUUAGUACAAAUGAGAGUUCUGAAGAAGAUGACGAAGAAGAAAUAGAUCAAAAUGAUGAAUUGUUCAAGUCUUUUAACAAAGAGGCUGAUGGGAAAAGUAGUCCUUCAAGGGAGAUUAGCGAUAUUGCUGCUACUGCUGAAAGCUUUCACCCUAAAGGAAAUACCUUAUCAACAACUCAGGUGUUCACCAAAGUUCCUUUUUUGCUAAAACAUCAACUUCGAGAAUACCAGCAUAUAGGAUUAGAUUGGCUUAAUGCUAUGUAUGAUAAGAAGCUUAAUGGUAUCUUGGCUGAUGAAAUGGGUCUUGGUAAAACUAUACAAACGAUAUCUCUUCUAGCACAUUUAGCUUGUGAAAAAGGAAUAUGGGGACCUCAUUUAAUUGUUGUUCCCACAAGUGUAAUGUUAAAUUGGGAAAUGGAAUUUAAGAAGUGGUGUCCUGCUUUCAAGAUUUUGACUUAUUAUGGAACUCCAAAAGAAAGGAAACAGAAAAGAGUGGGAUGGACAAAACCCAAUGCUUUCCAUGUAUGCAUUACAUCCUACAAACUUGUUGUGCAAGAUCAUCAAUCAUUUCGAAGAAAGAAGUGGAAAUAUUUUAUCCUGGAUGAAGCUCAGCACAUAAAAAAUUUCAAAUCUCAAAGAUGGCAAAUGCUGUUAAACUUUCAAAGUACACAUCGUCUUCUUUUGACUGGAACACCCCUUCAAAACAACCUCAUGGAACUGUGGUCUUUAAUGCAUUUUUUAAUGCCUAAUGUCUUCCAAUCACACAGAGAGUUUCGUGAGUGGUUUGUCAAUCCAGUAACUGGCAUGAUUGAAGGAAGUCAUGAAUAUAAUGAGAGUCUCAUAAAAAGAUUACACAAGGUGCUUCGACCUUUCCUCUUACGACGCCUAAAGUCAGAAGUUGAAAAGCAGCUUCCAAAAAAGUAUGAGCAUAUCAUAAUAUGCCGAUUAUCAAAAAGGCAAAGAUACCUCUAUGAUGAUUUCAUGUCCCAGACAAAGACUAAAGAAACUCUAGCAACAGGAAAUUUCAUGAGUGUUAUUAAUAUUUUGAUGCAACUUAGAAAAGUGUGUAAUCAUCCAAAUAUGUUUGAAGAACGGCCGACAGUCUCACCCUUUCAAAUGGAUGGAAUACUGUUUUAUACAAGUUCCUUAGCUUAUACUGCACUGGAAUAUGACAAGUUCAAGCAUGUGUGUUUGCAGUAUCUCAAUCUACUACUAGUUGAACUUGAAUUAUCAUUGACUGCAUUUGCUGCUCAUCGAGUUAAAAAGUUUCAGACUCCUUCCAAAUUAAUUGUAGAAAUUGACAAUAUGCCUGAACCACCACCUCCUUGCCCUGCUGUAAAAAUGAGAGUUAAUUUCUGUAACUCACAGGGUUCAGGUCGUUCGUCUCCUGUUGCUACUCAAACAAGAACAGCAGUUGCUAGGCUACCCACUUCAUCUCCUAACAGAGUAACUGCUCCAGCAACACUACCACCAAGAUUUAUGGUUUUACCCGGGCAGCAAACAACACCUGUUACUAGAACAGUAACUCCUGCCACUGGCAUUAGCAAUCACCCGGUUAUUGCUCAACCUGAGCAGUAUACUUUGCAGUUAGUCCAACCAGGAGCUGUUGCAUCGCUUGCACCUCUUGGCGGUUUAACCCUACAAUUGCAGCCAGCUUCCCCUGGUGGUGGUCGAGUUCAAUGCAUUCAAUCUCUCAUUGGUGGCCUUGGUCGCAUGGUAACAACAACCACUGGUGCUCAGUGGUUAAUCACAACAUCUGUUGCCAACUCUGUAGCAGAACAACCCCAAAUGCAAGCUGCGGUAACAACUGUCUCUGCUCAGCCUAGCUUACCGACAACUACUGCAAGUUCCACGCCUAUUGUCUUAAGCACAAACAUAGCAACUGCAACUGUGAUACCACAAGUGCAGAAAAUUGGAAAUCCUUCUGUUUCUGCCCCUUUUAUUACAACAUUUAAUCGUCCUCCCAGCCACAGUUCAUCAAAUUCACCGUUGACUACCCAAACGAAUCACAACAAACCUGUCGGCCGUGUUGCACCAUUAAAUGUCCAUCCACCUAUUAAUUCAAAUUCUGGUAUUUCAAACCAUAUACAGUCAUCUAAGAGUCCUGUUGUUCAUUCACUAACCAAGCCUGCAGUUAAAGUUGAGCCUGGAAAUUCAUUACAGUCAGAAAGAAAGAGUUCACUGUUUUAUUUAGAAUCAUUGUCUCUACAGCGUGAGCAAGAAAGAAAAAGUACUUUGAGGUCUUUAGCUAGAAUAAAUAAUUAUCGAUGUGCAGCUUGUCCAAUAUAUGGCGCUGAUCUGGUAGAAGCUGUUACAAAUAUCAGCAGUCCAAGUAAAUCUGAUGUUAAUCAUAGUUUUCGAGGGCAAGGCUAUGUAAGCUGCCUCAGUGCUAAGCUUUCUACUCAAAAACAAGAAGACUACUGGAGUCAUACGAACUUUCUAUCAGGCCUUAUUUUGUCUCCUGAAGAAAGAGUUAUUGAACUAAUUGAAAUCAUCAAAAGAUUUGUGUUUGUGAUUGCUGCUGUCACUACACCUCCAAUACAGUCGCAUAUCUCUCAUCCACCUCCAUCUAAUAAAAAUGCUGAGAGAAUGUGUCAUGAAGAACUUCAAAAUUUUCUAGCUCCAAAAUGUGCCUUUUUGCAUCCAGUUACUAGCAAUAUGAAAACUCAGUUUCCUGAAUUACGUCUCAUCCAGUAUGAUUGUGGUAAACUUCAGAGACUUGCUCAUUUGCUUAUAGAAUUGAAAAGUAAUCAACAUAGAGUUCUUAUUUUUACACAAAUGACUCGUAUGCUAGACAUAUUGGAGCAAUUUCUAAACUAUCAUGGUCAUACUUACUUACGUUUGGAUGGACUAACCAAAGUGGAACAAAGACAGGCGUUGAUGGAGCGAUUUAAUGCGGACAAGAGAAUUUUCUGCUUCAUAUUAUCAACUCGCUCUGGUGGAAUUGGAGUGAAUCUCACCGGUGCCGACACUGUAAUAUUUUAUGAUAGUGAUUGGAAUCCGACCAUGGAUGCGCAAGCUCAAGAUCGUUGCCAUAGGAUUGGACAAACAAGGGAUGUUCACAUAUAUAGACUGAUUAGUGAAAAAACUGUGGAAGAAAAUAUUCUGAAAAAAGCUAAUCAAAAACGAAUCCUGGGUGAUUUAGCAAUUGAAGGAGGAAAUUUUACUACUGCUUUCUUCAAAAAAAACACUAUUCAUGAGCUGUUUGGCAUUGAAGAUGUGCGAGACUUAUCAACAGCACCUCAGGAGUGUAAAAAAAUUGAAGUUAUUACUGACCAUGGAAAUGAUGAAAAGUUUUCACAAUCACAACUUGAACAGGCCCUAGGUAUGGCUGAGGAGGAAUCAGAUUUGCAAGCAGCAAAAACAGCUCAUGCUGAAGCUGCUGCUGAACUUGCUGAAUUUGAUGAAUCUAUUCCAUUAGAUACUGACAGUAGGGAAAAUGAAGAAAAAUCUCCUGCGGAAGAAGAGUUAGAAAAGUUAAUGGAACAGUUGACGCCUGUUGAAAAGUAUGCUGUGCAAUUUCUAGAGUCUUUGCAAGAGCCUGUUUCUUUGGAGCAGCUUAAGGAAGAAAUUGAAGCUCAAAAAAAAGAAUGGGAACUGGGACAUCUGAAAGCCUUGAAAGAAGAGGAAGAAAGACGUGCUAGUCGUUUAGCGGAUGAAGAGUCUCUGCUGUUUUGUAACCGUGACGCAGCAAAUCAGGUAUAUUAUUCUGUUAAUGGACAAGAAGAAAUGCCUUUGUGGGCACCACCAACUCCACCAGCCAAUGAAAAUGAUUUAUAUAUAGACCAUACUGUAUCUUUCUGGUAUGAUUCAUCUGUAAUGCAUGAAGCCCAUCUACCUCCUAUAUUUAUCAAAAAGGAAGCUAAAAGACAGAGAGUUGAUCCUGUAGUUUCAGCUGUCACAACCACCAGAAAACAGAAAGUAAGAAAAGAUGAUAUCAUUAGUAUUCCAAGAUCUCUUUUUGACCGUCCAACAGCUGCAAUACUGAAAAUGCGACGAGAAGUUAAGUUGCAAAAAGUUAAAGGCCUAAUGGUUGGAGCAGCAAAUAUUACAAAACCUGUUCCUACUUUCCAUGGAUUGAAACAGCCAUCAAUUGUUGUCAAUAAACCAGCUGUUGAUAUUCAUCAAGAGAAACUAGAGUGGCUUGUGCGAGAAGAUAUGAUGAUUUUACAGGUGCUGCAAGAUAUACAAUGUAUUCCGUUGAAUUUGACAAUCCUAAUGCCCGGACAAAUUCCAAAUUGGGAUUUAGUAUCUGAUGCUGUGAGUUCAAUAUGGGCUUACAGAUCGCCCAAAGCAUGCAAAAGUCGUUUUGAGAAUGUGAUUUUACCCAGAGAAGAAGGGAAGAUAUUAUAUGAUAUGAAUCCAAAGAAGCAAAAGAAAACCAAGGGCAUUUAUAAAUCUAAAAACAACAGACCUAUGAAAACAAAUCAGUUGUUUGUGCAAGAUAACAAUGUUUCCUACACCAAUAUCUUUAAUGCAAAAUUCAAAAUGGUAAUGGAACAGGCUGCAAAGAGGAAGUCUUUCGAAAGACCUACCUUCCUCCAAACUGCUAAAAAUCCUCAGAAACUUGCAACAGUUUUGGCUGAAAAUGGGAUUGAUUAUGAACAUCCACUGACUGCUAUGCAAAUUGCUUCUAAUAGAGCAGAACGCAUUGCCAGAGAGAAGCAGAAAAAUCAACCUGUUGUAGUGGCACAAGCAAUUCAAGGAGAAUGCACUGCACAAGUAACAGCUCAAGCUCUUGCACAAGCAUCAGAACAGCAACUAACUACUCAGCGGCAAUCUCAGCAACAAACAACAGUUACAGUUGCUGGUGCUACCAAUAUCAUACCUCCUCAUCAAGCUCAAGCAGUUAUUGCUAGUCUAGCACAAGCUCAGCAAUUACAACAAGUUCAGUUAAGCAAAGCUAAUUUACCACAAGGAGCUGUGACAUCAGUUUCUCUUGCAAAAUCUCUUACUAGUGGAAUAAUGGUAAAUGCGUCUCCUGGUUCUGCUCCUGCUAGCACUUUUGCUACAAUUAGUAAAGCUUUGGGUCAAGCAGGUGUUACAUCAAUAUCAUCUCAAGCUGGGGCUGCUCAGAAUGCAGCAAUUGCAGCUGCUCUUACUAAUGCCAAUUUGAGAAAUCAACGUGCCACCGUGACUGCAGUUGGUACUACUACUUCAAUGACUGUUCAGGAGAUGGUUGCAGCUGCUGCUGGUCAAGUACGUGGCUUGACAACUACAGCUGGUAGUACGUCCACUGCCCCUGCAGUAGUUUCUGUAGCUGGAUUAACUGCAGUACAACUAGCUGCCUCUCAAAGAAUAGCCGGAUCUCUCUCUGCUGCUACAACUGUGGCAUCUUCUGCAGUAAAUCCCCUGAAUACUCAAGUUACUACUCAGAGAAAUAUCAACCAAUUGACGCAAAUGCAAGCUAUUAGGCAAACAGCUUUAAUACGGCAAAGAGAACAGCAAAAUUUAAAGCAGCAGCAGCAUUUGAAAAGAUUGCAAACUGUUCAGCAACAGCAAGCUUCGCAGCAGGCUGCAAAAGUUGCCGUUGGUGCUGGAGGUACUUUAACUGUAACUGCUGCUCAACAAAGAGUUGCACAACAACAGGUUUCUUUGAAACAGUCUGUUGGAAGGCAAAUGACAGAGGCUGAAAUGGCUCAACUAAUGAAGAGACAACAGUUGCAGCAGCAGAAACAAGCACAAUUAACAACUGCUCAGAUACUGGCACAGGCUCAUCUUCAACAAGUUCAACCGCAACAAGUUUCUAUUACCGGUGGUACAGCUACCUUAGUUAAGACUGUUUCUGCUCCUUUGAGUGGAGCUUCUUCAAUGGCUAUUCCUGUAUCAGCUGUCACAAUGGGUGGUGUCAACAUAAAUGUGAGCUUACCCCAGGGCAAAACUGGUGCUGCUCAAACUAAAGGGGCUACUACUAUAACUAAUCAACAACUUCGACAGUUUCAAAUUCAACAGCAACUUUUGACUCAAGCUAGAAAAGGAAGCAAAGUUUCAGCAAAUCUAACUCAGUUGGCUAAGGUACCUAGCAAAAGUACUGGAAUAACUGCAUCAUCACUUUCUGCACCAAUGAAUGCUGUACAAAUUGUUCAACAUAAUGCUCAAGUUGGAACUACUCAGCAAGUAAAAGGAUUGCCUGCUGCAAUGACAGUACAACAGAUACAACAAGCUAUGAAAGCUAUACCACAAAAUCUUCCUGUAGUUGUUACAGCUACUCCUAGUCUUCCAGGGGUACAACAGCAACACACUUCUACUCUACGGGGUGAGCCUGGAGUUGCUACAGGUUCUGUAAAAGCUCAAACUACAACAUUACCAUCUACUACUCUAACUACAAGCGGUGUUUUGAAAGGCACACCUGCAGUAGUUGUGGGUCAGCAGCAAACUGCGGCAAUUCUUCAACAAGUUGCAGCAUCAACAUCAGGUCUUACUGCCCAACAAGCUGUCACUCUUGCUGUACGAGCUGCUGCUUCUCAAGCUCAAGGCCAGCAACAAGUUCAGAUUCAGGUUCAACAAUCACCCCAUUCAUCGCUCGUAACACCCCAAUCACAAGUUGUGUCUACCACCAUUCAACCGGGCCAGACAAGAGUGCAACAGCUUUCGCAGAGUGCUUCUACCAUCAACAUUGCUCAGCCUGUUGCUGUUCAGAGUACAGCUCAGGCUUCCAGCAUUCUAUCCUCUGCUGGAACUAUUGUACCACAAAUGUCUGCUGAAUCUACUCAUGUUGUCAUGCACAGUGUGUCUACAUCUAAUUCUGGUACUGCUCUUUCCAUACCAGCUUCACUCGCAACGUCUCAAACAGCGUCAACUACAGCUCAAGUAGUUCAAGCUGCUAUACAAGCAGCAAGGCAACAGCAGCAACAAGCAGCACAGCAGGCUGCGCAGCAACAGAAGGCAUCUCCUUACACAAUGAGGUUGCGAAAUCCUCCAAAAUAAUUUUAUGCAUUUCAAAACAAAUUUUAUGCAUUUCAUGAUAAAAUGAAAUAUUGAGCUUCUUUAUAAAAAUGAACUGUAAAUUCCACAAAUGGAAUUUUUGUUUUGUUAGUUUACACUACUUAUCUUGUUGAAAUUGUAGUUUCAUAUGCUGACACAUUUUGGCAGUUACAAUGGCCAUAUUUUACAUUGUGGUUAGUAUUCAUAUUUUUGAAGUUCAUGGAAUAAGUCAUACAGGCUAUUUAUUUCCCCCAUUUUCUGUUAUAAAUAAUUCAUUGAUGUGUAAAAAAAAUAAUCAUUCGAACUGGAGAAAAAUUUUCAGCAUUAUACUUGAUAAACUUCAAACUUCAUUCCUUUUACUUCCACAGUGGAAGUAAUAUUUAAAUAAAUUCUAACGUUUGUAUUUUGUCAAUUUCUGUAUCAUUUUUCAUUUCACUGUAUAUUUCAACAUAAUUGUUUGUUACUGAUGUCAUUCAUUAGAAAUAUUCUCAUCUCAUGUACAGCUAUGAUGCAAGUGGAAUAAAAUGCAUUCUUCUU